CUGGGGAGGCAGUAAAAACCAUGCACCAUCAUGUAAUCAUCGCCUUCGCUUUUGACAACUAUACACACAUUGCACACGUGGCGACACGCUUUUAUUUCGAAUCCAUGCCACCAACCAUUUCAUAGUACACACAAAAAUAUAAAUACAACCAAAAUUAUCCCCAUCCACACGCAGAUAUGGAACAUGAUCCAGGGAGGAGAGAGGAAAAUACAAAAAUUCAUCAUCUUGCAGUUCCACCAAAACCGCAGCAAAAAUGUCCUCGCUGCAAUUCCACCAACACCAAGUUCUGCUACUUCAACAACUACAGUCUCUCACAGCCUCGUCACUUCUGCAAAACAUGUAAACGCUACUGGACGCAGGGUGGAACCUUCAGAAACAUACCCGUUGGUGGUGCUUCCCGUAAGGCCAAACGUGGAAAAACAGAUUCUUCUUCACUCUCCAAUUCACUCACAUUACCACACUCAAAUUUCAUGAACCCUUCUGCAUCACUCACCAUGGCUCACUCAACUAGCCCCUACUAUCAACUUGCAGCCGCCGCCGCCGCCUCCGCCGGUGGUGGGUAUUUGCCAUCUAUGGCAACGCUUCAUUCUCUGACCACAUCACAGCCUUUCAACCAGUACCUGAAUGUUGCCGGUUCUUCUUCUUCUUCUUCUAUUUUGCCUCUUCUGUCUGGCUUCAACGCUGCUGCUUCUUUUUCUCCUCGGUUCCAUCACGUGGGAAUCAGAGAGAGGGUGGAAUCUCUCUAUCCUGCACCACAACGUUUGCUUCCAUCAAACAUGUCUGGUGGCAGUGCUGCAGCAGCACAAAGCUUGAUUAAUGAUGUUUCGAGUUCAAACCUGGCUGGUUCUGAUGUCUCUUUGUGGAGUGCUACUAUCAACGCCACUUCCAUCACUGGAAACUCUGAUCGCAACAAUGUCAAAGGUGGUUCUUCCUCUUUGAUCCCAAACCACUGGCUUCAUCCUCCGGGGUAUCGUCCUCCUCAAUAAUCCCAUGGGAACUUGCUACAAGUGCAGACAUGGAGAAUAACUACAUUGUCCUGUCACCAACUUCAUGUGUUUGAUUUUUGGUUUUUCCUUCUAGUGUCUUAAUAAGGUUGCCGGAUGUGUAUUUAUAUUAUUUAAUUAAAUUAUGUUUUUGAGUGAUCAACGCAAGAGGAUUUUAUUAUGUCAUAAUAUAUAGCAACCAUAGCCGUUUUGUUUCUUUGGUUACGAGAUUAAACAUGAUGGUACAAGGUAGAACUAGUUUUUUUUUUUUAUGAUCCUCUGUUUUGUUAAAAGCAAACUAGUUUUGAAGGGAAGU